AUGGCUAGCAAAAGGACGCGCGCAGCUUUCGAAGCCGACUUCCAGGCCCAGCAAUCACCAUACGCCUUCUACGGUACCCCUCUUCCAGCACUCGAUGCCGGUACCCGCGACGAUGGAUCAUACGUACCAGUCUGGAAGCAGGAGGUGACAGACGACCGGGGAAGGAAACGUCUGCAUGGCGCCUUCACCGGUGGAUUCAGUGCCGGGUACUUCAACACAGUCGGAUCCAAGGAGGGAUGGACGCCUUCCACAUUUGUAUCUUCGCGCCAGAACAGGGCAAAGGAUGCGCGGCAACAGCGUGCGGAGGAUUUUAUGGAUGAGGAGGAUGUUCGCGAGGCAGAGGAAUCGCGUAGGCUACAUACCAACGAUGACUUUUCUGGAUUUGGGUCAACGGCGACCGAAAUUACUCGUCGCGAGGGCCUCAUGGAUGUCUUCAAGGUUACGGGCGAAACGAUUGGCGUGAAGCUUUUAAAGAAGAUGGGAUGGAAGGAAGGGCAGGGCAUUGGUCCGAAAGUGAGACGGAAAGCUGAUCUAGGGGAUUCAAACGCCCACCCUGGCGCUGAAGACCAGACAUACCUAUUCGCGCCAGAAAACCCGCCCAUGGUCGCUUUUGUGCGCAAAACGGACUACAAAGGACUCGGGUUCGAAGGCGAGGCACGCCUUGGCUCUCGCCAGGAAGCACACGACGAACCCGAUGAAGAUGCUGAUUCGUUCUUCGGUCGUCAACUCAUUACUCAGCCAAAGUCGAAGCAAUCGAAGACCAAACCUCGACGAGGAGCAUUCGGAGUUGGCGUGCUCAACGAUACAGGGUCAGACGAUGAAGAUCCAUACUCAAUGGGCCCUCAGAUUUCAUAUAACCGGGUGAUUGGAGGCGACAAGAAGAAAAAGAAACCAAAACCUGCGGAUGAUUCGAAGAUCGCAUUGAGCUCCUCGAACCCUCUCUUGAGCAACAAACCAAUCUUCAUUCCGAAGAAGACCAUUGCUGCGAAAGGCGCCGCGGGUUUUAGAAAGUGCCACGACGGCCGUCUGCCUCUGGACGGAUUUUUACUUGCAGAUGGCAUUGCCAGUCUUUCGUUAACCUCGGAGAGGAAAUAUGCGCCCCCCGAGAUCCCGAAAGACUGGAAAUCCAAGAAGACCCCUUCGACGGAACGCAAUGGCUCGGAAUAUGUCUCUACAGCUGAUGCAGCUAGAGCUUCUACUCUGGAUCCAGUUUCGCGAGCUGCGCUUCUAGGAGAGGACCAGCUGCCAGCAAAGUCCAUCUUCGAUUGGUUGACACCCGAGGGCCGGGCCAAGAUUGCGAAGCUUACCGGAAACACGAAUUUACCACCCGCACUAGGUGAGAAGGCCCCGAAAGGCUUCGAGCUCUCAGAGUCACAAAAACGAAAAGAACUGUGGGAUCUUGUCCCCAAACUAGACAAGCUCGUGGCCGUUCAAGCUUUGACGCGCGCCGCGAGCGGUUGGAUGCCAUACUCGGAGGAUGAAGCCAAGCGGGUCCGCUACCGGUCGUUUCUUGAGAUCCGGGCUGGCUUGCGGGAUAGCCUUCCGGACCGCGUCGCAGGAUCCAGCACGGAUGACUGGGUAAACGAGCUUAACGAAUUUGCAAGAGCAGCGGAGGUAUUCAAGCCCGUGUCUGGAGUGAUGGCAUCGCGAUUUACAUCUGCGUCUUCUGGCCCGAAAGGUGCCUCGGAUGAAGCCGAGUCGAGCACCGAUGCGCUCCUGAGUAAGCCCAGCGACAAGCCUGAGGACCCAGCGGUCGCCGCCGCUAAGAUUGGCAUGUUCGGGCCGAUGACGCGCACCACCGUCUCUUUCUACCCCACUCGUUUAUUGUGCAAACGGUUCAACAUCAAACCGCCGAGCCAUGUCCAAGUCGAUCCGGGCGAACCUUCAACCGCAUCGUCCUCGACGGGAAGGCGCUUCCAGUCCGCAGGAUACCAGACCGAUUCUCGACCGCGAGAUUUGGUGUCGCAAGAGGUCAUGAAUCAGCUUCUGCUCGAGGCUGGUGGGGGCGGCGGCCCGCUAGCUUCAUCGCGUGGGGACGCAGUGUCAUCAAUGCAAGCGGGCCCGGCAGCGAAGCAAGAACCUGUUAUCAUUGAAGCAGAUCGCAACGAGGCGCUUGAAGGCGAACGACCGGGGGAGGCAGUAUUCAAAGCCAUUUUUGGAAGUAAUGACGAGGAUGAUUAG